AUGGGAUUCUUACGCGAUUCCGCGGAACGCUACAAAGUGUUAAGAGAACAAGUAACACUUGCUGAGACCGAGGUCAAUGACCAGCUCACCGCGUUCGAGCGAGAAAUGCGAGAGUUGGCCCAGCAGGGCACGGACCCCACCAUAGGUCCCGAGAAUAACGUCGAGGACAUUAUUGACGCCACCCAAGUGGAGGCGCAACUGGCUGCACCUCCUAGUCCGUCACCGAGUGAGGUGCUUCGCCAGCAAAUGGAGGCUGAUCGCCUCGAACGGCUCCGGAGAGCGGGAUUGGGAGACACUGGACCAGUAGCAGGUCCGUCUCGACUACUACCCUCUUCGCCGUUAGCGGCUCCGGCACCCAUUCGAGCCGCACCCCCACGACGAAGCGUGGCUUUCGGGGCCUUUGAGCCCUCGAAUAUCACUGCGCCGCCAGGCUGGGACCAUUACGAGUCCGCGUCGCAAGCUCCUCGGGGUGACCGAAUCCCGGUCACUUCGACGGCGCCUCCGCACCAGUUUGUGCUCCAACCCAGGAGGUCCUUAGCUCCAGGAGCUUCCGCGCAUCCCAGACUUAGUACUGUCCCCGAGCACGAGCUCGAUGGAUCAAAUGAGCUCGCAUACACGAUGGGCAUGAUCGACCAAAUGGUCGGGGAGGAACCGACCUCCAGUCCGCCGGCAUACCUGAAGGUCACUAAGAUGACCCUCCCGAAGCCGUAUUUGGGCAAGGACGAUCUCGACGCUUUCGAGAUGUGGCUCCACAACCUCCUCGAGUUCUUCCGUACCCUACGGAUAACCGGUCCAUCCAUGGACCCAGACCGACUGCGGAUACUAGGGGACUGUUUGUCCGAUGAAGCCGCAGUAUGGAUGUACAACACAGUACAAUCCCCCUCCCGGGAACGGCGAGACUGGCUGUUUGAAGAGGCUGUAAUUGGCCUCUUCCGGCGAUUCAUACACUGUGACACGCACCUGCAAGCGGCGUACAAUUACAACAACCUUUGCUUCGAAGCGAACAAGGGCGGCGUUGCAGCUCUGUAUGAACGACUGCUCUCCAUAACGGAGAAAAUGUGGGAGAAACCCACUCAGUUCCAAUUACGGAACAAGUUCCUCAACAUGCUGCCGAUGAGUUAUGUUCAUACACUCACUGUAGUUAACGGCCUCUCCGUUAAAUAUAAUAGUUUGGCCGCGCUAUACCAGGCGGUGCUCGAGCUCGAGCAAAGUUCGCGUGAACUUCAUCAACGCCGUCGCCCACGCGACAACGCAACUAGCGUUAACCCUGUCGUGGCCCCUACCGAUCACCGUGUUGCGAAAGCGGCCCCCAGCGGACAGAGGAAGUCCGUCCACACGGACCCCGCGCCUCGGACAACGUCGUCCAACGUUCGACGAGCCGCCCCUGUUCGUACAGGUGCUCCUCGGCCGGAUCGACCGCGUCCCACCACUGGCCAACCGCUUAGGCCUGCCGCGAAGCCGGCCGCCAAUAAAGCGGCCUCUCAAUGUUUCUCCUGUGGCCAAGUAGGCCACUUUGCCUCGGAUCCCACCUGCCCAAAUCACGGCAAGAAGCCGGGACAGGGCCAGCGCAUGUUCGCGCAACGCGUCUUGGAUGAUAUGUCGGAUGGCGAGCACGCAACUACGCCCAACGACAAUGCUCAGGUCACUAGCGACCACGAAGCGUUGGUAGAGGUGCCCGGACCGGACCAAGAGGUCCAAGAAGGGACAGAAGUAGUCCAGGACCUGCCACAGUCCGACUAUGAGUUUGUGGGCUCGCAGUAUGAGUCCGAGGACGAAGUAGCCCAGCCCGAGUGGGAGGACUUCCAGCUGCUGUUGUAA